AUGGCUUUGGGCAGUAGUGUCUACAGCGUCCUCAACAAUCAGAAGAAUACACUCAGAUAUGGGUUCAUGGCCUUCGGUACCCUCGGCGGACAGAAGGCCACCUUGCAGUCAUUCUACCAGUGUCCAUGCAACGUAAAGCAGAAUAUGGCAUAUGGGCUCUCGUUCCUCCUUGGACCGGCGCUCGUGCUCUUCAUCAUCAGCAUUGUCCUGAGCAAGCAUCUGUGGCGCCUCUACACGGGCUGCUGUCUCAACCCCAGAAAACUCUGUCCUCAAGGGAAGAAAUACAUGGGCUGCUUAUCUGUGCUUUUAAAAGUGAUUGUUGAAGCACUCGUGGCACCAAUCAUGUGGCUCAGCUUCGCUUUGCUGCAUGGUGCAUUCUAUGUGUGUGCAGUGAGUGGUGUGGAAGAAGAAGUACUCGUGGACUGGUUUUGUAAAAAUAUGACCAACACAUGCAAGUAUGAGUUGGCCAAAGUCCCGUGUAAUACGCCCAACCUGCUGCCAGUGGACAACAAGGAGCUUCUGCUAAUGCUACAUGCCCAGUCUCAGAUCCUCGGCUGGGUCCUGAUCGUGAUCUAUGCUUUGGCUGCUCUGAUUGGCACGUGCUACAAAAACUGCCACUCUGAAGUGAGCUACCUGCAGCUCACUUUCCAGAAUUUGUACAAGAAGAAUGAGAAGAUGAUGUUUCAGUCCUAUGCCAAAAACUACGCUACCAAACUGGCCGACCGAAACCUCAAGAGCUUCUUUGAGAACAAAGACCCUGAGGCAUUUCCUUUUCCAAACCACACAGCCUGGGAACAGAUCUCAGCCUUAUACACAUAUAAUCAUGGUGAACACUAUUAUAGCACGCUGCAGAGAUAUGUGGAAGCUCCUAAUCGUGACUACACUCCAGAGAAAAUACCAGUGGAAAUGGAGCACAACCUCUGGGUCUAA